AUGGGGGAGCAGGGCACCAGCGGCGGCGAGGGCGGCGGCAACGUGGUGGAGGCGCAGGCGCCGGCCAAGAAGGGCAACGGCCGCGCCGCCGACCCGCGCCUCCAGGGCAUUUCCGACGCCAUCCGCGUCGUCCCGCACUUCCCCAAGCCAGGGAUCAUGUUCAACGACAUCACGGCGCUGCUGCUGCGGCCGGGCGUGUUCAAGGACGCCGUGGACAUGUUCGUGGAGCGCUACCGCGGCAUGGGCAUCGCGGCCGUCGCAGGUAUUGAAGCGAGAGGGUUCAUAUUUGGCCCGGCGAUCGCGCUGGCUAUCGGAGCCAAAUUCAUACCGCUGCGCAAACCCGGCAAACUCCCAGGUGAGGUGAUUUCCGAGAAUUAUACGCUCGAGUAUGGGACAGAUUGCUUGGAGAUGCAUGUUGGAGCCGUCGAGCCGGGAGACCGUGUGGUGGUGGUGGAUGAUCUGGUUGCAACCGGUGGGACACUUUCAGCAGCCAUAAAACUUCUUGAACGCGCCGCAGCUGACGUUGUUGAGUGUGCAUGCCUCAUCGGACUCCCUAAGUUUAAGGGUUUCCCUAUUUUACUUACAUGGACACAGCAACCUAGGCUUAUAGGUUCUUCUCUUUGA